AUGUCAAUAAACUCCCCGGCAAACUCCUUCCUCUCCGCGCCAACAACGGCAGCCAGCGUCCUCACACCAGCCAGCACCAUCUCAUCCUCAAUAAGAACACUGUCCAACGAUCCUUCAACAACCACUCGCCCCCGGACCACAACCGCCUCCGGCUAUACAUUCCCCGAAGUGUACGACUGGCCCGCCUUCUUCACCCUACAACCCAACGCCCAAACCCGGCAGGCGCAAAUGCGCCGUUGGGCAAACCUCGUCUCCGACUGGUGUCGGUAUCAUCGCACAUUUCGACUCUCAUUAACUGAGGCUGUUGAGUCGCCGCUAUUCUGUAAUGCGAAGAUGCGGAAACGUGUAGCCUUGCAGGAGGCGAGGGAGAUUGUGGAUUGGAUGGUGAUGCCGCAGGAGGAUGGGGGUGGUGGGAGGAGGGCGGAAUGGGUUCCUGCGGCUACGGCGGGGGGAGGGAGUGAGAAAACUAUUGCGUGGAUUUGGUGGAGGAGACCGGAGGAGUGGGCGAAGUUGAUUGCGGAUUGGGUCGAGGAAACGGCGCAGAAGAAUACCGUUUUGACGGUUUAUGAACUGAUACAUGGAGAGGCUACUACAUCGCAAGAAUUCCAUGGCAUGGAUUCCGAUGUCAUGCUCAAAUCCUUGAACGUCCUCGUCAAAAGCGGCAAGGCUCAAGUGUUCGGAAACGACGAUGAAAAGGGCGUCAAGUUCUUCUGA